UAAUAAAAUAGCAAAAACAACUUAAUAUAUUACUUCUUUUCAGUAGCCAUUUAAAACAGAAUAUAAAAAUGACAGUUGAAAAAGUUUUAGGUUACUUCUUACAAUCAAAGUAUCCAAGUUCAAUGAAUUUCUGGAAAAUAUGUCAUGAGCCUUACAAAACAACAGCUCCAUUUCCUCAUAUAUUUAAUUCAAAAAUUAAUGUAAGAGGGUACAUAGGAAGUUCACACAGAACAGUUGGAACAGGUGUUGAAAGCAUUUCUGCAAUAUCAGGAUUUCAUAAUACUAAGAAUGCAUCUGACUCAAUAAAUGUUUUGUUGCAAUCGACAGAUAAAUCAAAAUUAAAAAAUUUUUCAUGCAAAGAGACAGGAGUAGAAUCUGAUGAUUUUGAAGAAGCCUUAGAAAAUUUAAAAGUUUUAGUUGAUUGUUAUAAAGACAGAUAACUGUUUAAAUAUCAAAUUAAUUUUGCUUUUAUAAAAUAUUUUAAAUUAAAAUAAGCGUAUACUUGUGACUUAUUAAAAAGAAAAAGAUAUUCUUUGAAAGCUGGUUAAAUAUUUUAAUAUUAAAACAUGAUUUAACAUUGCCUGUUAAUACAACAUUUUUAAUUUAAUAACAUUUGUUAUGGAUUUUUCACAAAAUAUUUUCUUGGAACUUGACAAAAUAUGAUCACACAUCCCAUAAUUUUGCACAAACUUCAAGGAAUAAAUCACAUAAUAUGAGAAAUUGUAAAAAUGUACAAUAUUUUAUUUUGUAAGAAUAUAUAAUUAAAAUGUAAAUAUUCAUUUUGUGCAUUUAAUAUAAAUCUUAUA